CGUACCUUCGAUCUCAAAGCCCUCCUCGAUAGUGGCGCUACUGGUUGCUAUAUUGAUGAAGGUUUUGCACGAGCAAAAGGACUUACUCUUGAGUCCCUUCCGCGCCCAAUUCCAGUGUAUAACGCUGAUGGUUCACACAAUGAAGGAGGCCCUAUUUGA